AUGUCGAAAGAGAAAAGCAAGUCUUUGACCUUCCCUCGUUUCCUCCUCCCUUCGUUUCCAAGCAAACAAGAUGUGGGGUUCUCCCCAAUCUCCGACCCCACUGCCAAGUAUCUGGACGGCCAUGUCUCCUACCUUCAGUGUACAGGCUGUGCAGCACAGCUCUGUUUGACAUUCCAAAUCAUCAGUAAAGGCUUUACAGGUCGUCAUGGUCGUGCCUAUCUUGUUUCUGCCGAGUCAGCCGCUGCAGUGUCAAUCAGUGCAUCCUCAUCGCCGACGGCUUCCCUUCCUAAUACCAUUUUGCACCAUCCAGUUCCACGCCAGCUAGUGACAGGGGUACACACAGUCAGCGAUGUCAGCUGUGCAUUCUGUGGAAGCGUGUUGGGCUGGAAGUACGUUGCAGCGGAGGAGGAAUCGCAGCGCUACAAAGUGGGCAAGUUUAUUCUGGAGACCAAGCGGAUUACUACGUCAUCAUGUUGGGAGUCCCCACCAAAUGUGAAUCUAGCCACCGCGAACCGUCAAGAAAUUGGGAAUGACACAUCACUUUUGGAGCCCGAGUUCGAUAGUCAAGAUGAGGAUGAAUGUGAGGACUUAUUUGCAGGCAUUUGGAGUCCAGGUCUAGCUAUUCGGCGCAGAGGCCGUAAAAGUGAAAGACGGCCUGCAAUGUUCGCUCUGUCCUAG